CAAGGCUGGGCAAUAGAUAACGUAAGCGGACCCAACGACCGCUUGCUGAAUCAUCCAUGCAUGACCGGGUUACCUCGGUUCGCCCGACGGAACGGAUAAACAAGAAAAAGGCAAUUAGUAGAACUAGUUCGAAUGAAUUUCUCCAGAGAUUCUCCUGUCUACGCUGCAUAAACCAGCACGUAUCAAACUGUAUAUAUACCAACAGUUGCGGUUGUCAGCUAUUCGAGAAACAUGAUUUUUAAAUUCCCUAAGCAUUUGCUGCGGUAUCUACCAAAUCUUGUUCCGUGCCUGUUGUCCCAAAAUCCCGACUGAAUCGGCCAGCUCUCCCCUCUUCCCCCGCCACCAUGGCCCUCCAGUCUUCCAUUGGGCUCGUCAGGUUGACAGCCCCUCCUGUUGCUCUGUCUCGAUUUCGCUGCUCACCCGUUGUAUUCCUGCCCGCUAUUACGAAGUCGACUCUAUGGCCCUGCCAAGUCCGUCAUAGCUCCCAUUCCCCAAUGGGCAAACCCAUCACUCGCAAGAAAAUCACUAUCAAAUCAUUGCAAGCGUUGCACAAGAAGAAGGAACCUAUCACUAUGUUAACGGCACAUGACUUCCCAAGUGGGCAUGUCGCAGAAGCAGCUGGUAUGGAUAUGGUCCUCGUGGGCGACAGUUUAGCAAUGGUUGCCCUUGGCAUGGACGACACUAGUGAGGUGUGCCUGGACGAAAUGAUACUCCAUUGCCGGAGUGUAUCCCGUGCGGUUGGAUCUGCCUUCACUGUUGGCGACUUGCCCAUGGGUUCGUAUGAGAUAUCUCCAGAGCAGGGUGUUGCGUCCGCCAUUCGCCUCAUUAAAGAAGGACGAGUCCAAAGUGUCAAACUAGAAGGGGGUGAGGAGAUGGUGCCAACUAUCAAGGCAAUCACCACGGCCGGGAUACCAGUUGUGGCCCAUGUUGGUCUAACCCCUCAACGCCAACAUGCGCUAGGAGGUUUUCGUGUCCAGGGUAAAUCAACUGCCGGUGCCCUGAGGGUCUUAAACGACGCUCUUGCAGUUCAAGAGGCUGGCGCAUUUAUGGUUGUUCUUGAAGCUGUCCCGUCAGAGAUUGCACGUAUCAUCACCGACAGACUGAAAAUUCCAACCAUCGGAAUCGGCGCUGGUGCUGGAUGUUCGGGCCAAGUGUUGGUCCAAGUCGACAUGACCGGCAACUUCCCGCCUGGUCGGUAUCUCCCGAAGUUUGUGAAGAAGUACGGCGAUGUAUGGGGGGAAAGCUUGAGGGCGAUUGAGAAAUAUAGAGACGAGGUCAAAAGUGGUGAAUAUCCUUCCCUAGAAUACACAUACCCUAUAUCGAAGGAGGAUGUUGAGGAGUUUGAAAAACUAGCGAAUAGAAAUUAAGAUACCUUUGCAUUUCUCAAUGGAUAUAUACAUAUAUAUGUUGAUUUUGUGUUGCACCGAUUACCCCGACUGGUUUUGUCGAGCGCUGAUUUUACGGGUGUGUUUGCACUCGAUUUUUGUUAUGGCGGACAUCACGUCCCGUCUUUCGUCCCGUCUUUCGCCCCGUCUCGGUGUCAAGAGUUAUCAGGGAAUAAAUUAGUUAGUGAUUUUAAGUGAUUCCUUGAAUCCCUCUCGCUAUUGAGGUAUAGCGGGUAGUUUUGGGGCUGCAACUCGGCAUCAAUCGCUGGGCAGCAGCGAUUUAAAGCCAAGGCGAUAUCUCAUUAUCCAAAAGCUGGCGUCAUCGAAUACGCCACAAUAAGUUGGUCGUCCGUCUUGAAGCACUAAAUGAAUCAACCAUCAUUAGAAAUUUACCUCCUCGGGCUCAUUAAAUCCUUUAUAACUCGCAACAGAGACACCACAUCAUAUUGAAAAUCAUGGAAAACCUACCCUCCAAAGGCCCCCUACUCCUUCAUCGAGCCCGGGAGCGAAGACACUAUUUACGUAGCAAAACACGGAGUCGGUAUCUUUACAAUCAAGUUUCUUGCGCAAGAAUUUGACCACAGUCUCAAACUUCUGGGAAGCACUGAUUUUGAAUACACGAUUUCUCAGAAUCGGUGCGGAUGGGAGAGGCUGGAAACGGACAGUUACUAAGAUCAAAAAAUAAAUGUAAGAUAAGGGUCAGCUUUCAGUGCUCCUCUCGGGUGAUGUUGGGGAUAGCAUACAGAUGCGGAGGGAGCAACGUGUAAAGCGGUUUGGGUUAUCCGCACAUCAUCCUUCAGACAAUGAAAGACAGUUAAACAAUAACAAGAUCUGGCAAAAGAAGCUUCUUCUUUUCAAUGAAGCAGCAUAGACAUAGCAAGAAGGAACGGGAUAGAGCUCCGGAUUUUUAAAUUAAAAACUCAAGAGAAGGCAGGGCCAAGGGGCAGGAAGAGGAUCCAUACGCCUGAGAACGUUGCCUGCGGUAGUGAACUUUGAUAAAAAACGUUCUAUAAGGUGUCGAAAGGCGACCAAAAACGGAUAUUUUAAUUAAAUAUCCAUUUCAGGCCGCCAAAACGAGAGUGAAAAUGUCUCAUACUAAGUAAUAAUGCGUACCUUUGCCUGAAUCAAUGGCAUCGACAUCAGCCAGCGCUUGAUGGGAGUCCUUCGGAAGGCCAGUAAGCACGAUGGACGCUGACAUCGUCAAUGGAAGAUCGGCACUGUAGUCUUCAUCUGGAAUUGGCGUGGUUGCUGCUCCUUUGCUGCCAUUAUCAUUGUUAUUUCGUGAGGACCGGCUGCCUUGUCUGCUUGCCAACCCAAGGCCGCGGUUUGCGACCCGUGGAGAGGCGGGCUUGGACGGAUCAGGUGAUGGAGAGAGAGGUGGUGUUGAUGCCAUAGUUGAUUUGUUUAUAUUAUAUCUGGAGCUGGUUUGUAUAGUUAAGCCACAGUUAUUGAUGCCGUUGCUGUGUCUGGAGUGUGGGAUG